AGCAUCAAUCGCUGGUGCACUCCGAGGUCUGUCCAAACCCUCCGCACUCUCUAACGGAAUUCAAACACUUUCCCAAUUAUCUCUAAUCUCUCUCUUUUUCUUCCACAAAUAAUUAUAUAAUCAUCUCAUCUUCCUAUACCACCACCACUACUUCUCUCUCUCUCUCUCUCUCUCUGAUUUUGGUUUCUUUAGGUAGUAGCUAGAUAGUUGUAGAAGUACAAAGAGGAGAGAGGAUUGGAUUAGGGUUUGAUAGAUAGUUGUCGCUAGCUAAGCUAGAAGAAGAUCAGAUCAUGUGUACCAGAGGCCACUGGAGGCCAGCUGAAGAUGAAAAGCUUAAGGAGUUGGUGGAAAAAUACGGUCCUCAUAAUUGGAACGCCAUAGCCGAAAAGCUUCAAGGAAGAUCAGGGAAGAGUUGUAGGUUGAGAUGGUUCAAUCAGUUGGAUCCAAGAAUCAAUCGAACACCUUUCACAGAAGAGGAAGAAGAGAGGCUUCUUGCUUCACAUAGAAUUCAUGGCAACAGAUGGGCUGUUAUUGCCAGGCUUUUCCCCGGUCGAACCGACAACGCUGUCAAGAAUCAUUGGCAUGUUAUUAUGGCAAGAAGGUGUAGAGAAAGAUCAAGGCUUUAUGCCAAAAGAGCAGCUCAAUCACUUCUACUAAACCAUAAUCAUCAUCACCAUAAACCUUCUUCUUCUUCUUCUUCUUCUUCUAAUAUCUCUAAACCAGCUGACUUGCAAAUCAUGGGGUGUGACAAUGGGAUGAGGAGGAGUCUUGGUUCAAUAUUUGUUGACAAGUAUUGUGAAAAAUAUCAUGAGCAUCCUUUCAGUACUACUCACAGCUUCCAUGUCCAAAAUCUGAUGUCUUCACAACAUGAAGAUUAUAAUAAGAAUCAGCCGAUGGAGUUUUAUGAUUUUCUCCAAAUAAACACAGAAUCCAACAAAAGUGAAGUGAUAGACAAUGCAAGAAGAGAUGAUGAGGAAGUCAAUCAGCAGGAGCAACACAAGAAGGCAGCACCUGGUGUUCCAUUAUUCUUUGAUUUCCUAUCAAUUGGAAGCUCUUCUUCAUAGUUGUGGUGAUCAUCCAUCUCUUAUCAACUAAAUCACUUACAUGUAUACAUAUUGUGGAUGCUUUUUUUGCAUCCAAGGAAUUGUCCACUCUGGGUACUUUUAAGGGCGUUCUUACCCUUCACUCACGGAUUUAUUUCAGAAAAAUAUCCCACCUCCCCACUAGAACCCAUGACCUCGUGGAGAUGGGAAAGUGAAUACCGUGAGGGGAUAGUAGGAACGCCUGUAGAGGUACCCCAGAGCGGAUAAUCCUGUGGAUGCAAAAAAAAAAACGCAUCUACACAUAUAUAUAAAUGUAUCAAGCAUGCUUGAUGAGUUGUUUCAACUACUUACCUAGCUAACUAGAACUAGAAGUUACAACUUUAAUUGCAUUUGGCAGAUGUAUGAAUAUGUAAUAUUUAAGAGACAUAUGUACGUAGCAGUUAAUUAGCUAGGCAUAUGUAUGUAUGUGUAGGGAAAAUGAAGUUGCAUGUAUUAAAAGCAAAAUCUUUAAUCCAGAAUGCUAGUGUAAAACAAUGUAUCAAGAGAAAAAGAAGAAGAAGGAAUGUUCAAAUUAAUUGCAGAA